UUCUGAAUAAACAGAUAAACACUCUUGAUUAUCAUGGAAACAUCACUGAUCACUGCUUUUAAUUUUUUUUCAAUGAUUUAACGUUUUCACCUAUGGUUCACCUAUUCCUUUUCGCAUUUUGUGUGUUUUACUGGUGGACAAUAUGUGAUUUUUUAAAGAUAAACACUGAUAAAUAUGGCCACAACCAAGAAACCUAUAGACAGUAGACAGAAUGAUGUAGUUCUAAAACUACGAGUCAAAGAGCUUGAAGAUGAGGUAGCCGGUUUGAAGAAGAGGCUUGAUGAAUUACGAAAGGCAAAGAAUACAACCAUUACAAAACGAGAACAAAAAGUGUUAGAAGUUGGAUUACCAUUUGGAAAAAGAGAUAGUAAAACAACUGAUAUAAAGAAACCUGAUAACACAGCCAAAAAUAAAGAACUUGAAGAGAAAAAUAGAGAGAUUGAUGAACUGAAGAGAAAGUUUGCAGAAGAAAUGGAACAAAUGAAGAAAGAUUUAGUUGAGGAAUAUGCAUGUGACCAUGAUAUAGAAAUAGAAGCUCUCAGGAAAAACAUAGCAGAAUUACAGGGAGAUAAUGCAGCAUUGGUGGUAGAAAAUGAUGACCUCAAUGAGAGAGUUAACUCCCUUGUCAAUGAUCUCAGUAUUAAGGAGGCUACAUGGUGUGAUAAUGAAGAGAAAAUGAAGAUUGAGAUGCAAAAAACCUGGGGUGAAAAAUAUGCUGAGUGGAUGCAGAGAACAGAACAAAAACUGGAAGAACUGCAACAAGCUAACACUUUAUUGAGAGGAUAUCUAAAGAAUAAAAAGCCAAAUGCACCAGAUCCAACAGGGCAAGACAAAUCAUGAUGACUAAGUUGCUUAUUUAUAAAUACAAUCCUUCCACAAAUGUAUAAUUGCCUUACUUGCAGUUAUAUUAUAAAGCACUAUUAGGAAAAGGCUAUUUUCAGAAAUGAUGAUACAGAGAAUACAAUUGCAGAAGCUUUUGGUAUACUUUUUGAAAGGGGAAGUAGGGUUAAAUGUUAUAAUGACUUUUUAGGUUUGCACAACAUGCAUGUUGUAAAUGUUAUUUAAAUUAGAUGGAAGUAAGGAGGACUUUUAAGGGAAAACAUUCAAUAUAUACAUCAAAAUUGUACAAUUACAGGGAUUAUUAAAUAAUUGCCAUGCAAUAUGACAUUUUCUUUAAUGAAAUAGCCUUGCAUAUAUGUCAAUGUAUGAUGCAAUUGUAUAUUUUGAUCUGUUUGCCAUAUCAUUUUUAGGAUAUGAAAGAAUUACUGUGAUAACAGACAAUUUGACUGUGAUAUUUGCAUACUUAUACAAACAUUUACAAUUUUAUUAGUUUAAUGUGAGCUUGCCAAAAUAAUAUUUGAAAAUUGCUCAUAAUUUGAUGACAAGUUUUUUAUUUUUAUACAUUUUGUUGUUUAUUCUUCUGUUGUUCUUGGCAUUCGUUGGCAACUUGUUGCAUUUUUUUCAUUAUUUUUAAAACAAAACCUCAUUUAUGUAAGCAAAAAGAAAAAAAAUAGAUAUUAAAAGAAUAUUAGUUAGAUAUCUUUGUAUCUGUAAUUCUUCUUAAACAUUUGCUGUUGUUUGAAAAGGUUAUACAAAUCAGAUAGAUGCCUUUUGUUUGGGGAAAACCACACAUUUAUCUUUGCUUUUUUAUUUGGUAGUGCCAAACUGCAUGGGAAAAAAACCUUUGUUACAACUUAUGAAGGGAUCUAUAGGUGCAUUGUUACAAGACAAACCUCUUCCCCUAUUGGAGCAUCUUUUUUCAGUUGCAGACAAAAUAUUUUGUUAUGACAAGUUCUAACUCUCUGUAUAACUUUGAAAUAUACCUCACCUAUAACAGAGUUUAUUUAACAUCUGUCCAUGUGAUUUAUGUUGUGAAGAUUUAAUUAGAUACACAUUAAUAGCAACCUCACACAGUUCCUUCAUGGCCAGUAGUUGGAAAAAAUAUCCUUUGUUUUCCUUUGCUAUGUAUUGUAUGCAAGUCUGAAAGUUUAAAUAUAGAAAUGUAUAUGGACAUUUUUUUAUAUAUUUUAUCUUUAUGUCCCAAAGAAUCCUUUCAUUAUCCAACAAUGACCAAAGAUGCAAAAUACAUGUUAUAUUACUUUAUGGACAUAGACAUUCCAAACUAUAAAAAUGUUUUAACUGUGAUAUUAAUUGAUAUUAACAUUAUUUUAACCUAAACCAUUUCACUGUAUCUUAGAUCUGGUCACAUUGUAGUUUGAAUGUAGAUUACACUAGUGCUUGCUUUGAAUUAGAUGUGUUCACAUAGUUUUAUUUUGAUUAUUUAUUUUUGAUACCAUUUUGUUUUCAACAGAUUAGGGUAUAUAUACUAUGAUAAUUUUUUUACCACCAGAAUAUCUUUUUUUUCGUUGAUUUGUUGAGGUAUGGUUUAUAAAAUUAAAUGAAAUGUAAUAUAUAUUAUUGAUUUGUGAUAUUAUUUUGUAAGAAAAUGAUCUGUGUUGUUCUUAUUAGAAAAAAAAACCAGAGGAAAAACCACACAAGCCUUGCCAUCCCUGUUCAAAAGGGGAUGUGAUUACAAAGUAUUCUAAAGAAUAAAAGAAUAGGAUAUAAAUAAUUAAUUUUGGGCUACCUUUAUUUUCAAAUUGUUUCAAUAAUUUCUUUUUAUAGUUUGACAUAAAUAAGUUUAAGAUACUGUUACUUUCAAUUGAGAAACUUCCAUUUUUUUCAGAUUUUUUUUUUCAAGCAUUUAAAUAUUCAUAUUUCCAAAAAUAAUUUAACAUUCAUGUGAUGUAUCAUGAUGUUUUCAUAAGAAUAAAUGCCAAGUGUUGGCAACACAUUAUUCUACAGUUUUAAAUUUCUUCAAAUGUAGGAAUAGCUUUAUUCCUUUGAUGCUGGAUGUUUGUACAUCAAAAUGGAUUUAGUAAUGUUAUUUGUUCAUAUUUGUUUCUCAGGAGCAAGGGUUGUAUUUAUCACUGAAAUUUCUUUUAAUUUAAUUUUUGGUCACACCAACUAGAAAUUAUUUGACUAUGAUUCAUGUUGAUUUAUAGGAAGUUAUGAUGACAAAUAAAUGAUAUAGUAAUAAAGGUAUCUCCCUUAUACAUCAUAAUUAACAGCAUUUACUACAUAUAUGCUAAGCAUUACAUUAAUAUGUUGUAACAAGUUGGCUUUAAUAGCCUUUAUUCAUAGAUGACCAGCAUAAAAACAAUUGUAACAUUUGCUCAUGUGGUAUGUAAUAUCUCUGAAAUACUAGAAUUGGAAAUGAUACUUUUACCCUUCACUGUAUGUUAAUUGACCGUCUAUGGUCGUUUAUGUAGUUGUUGAAAAUAAAAUUGCUAGUUUUUUUA